AACGCAAUCGAGCCACGAUGGAAGAGCCACAAGAAGAGGUUUCACGGUACGGCACGCCUUCACGACCGACCACGGACUCCCGGCGAGGACGGCACCAGCGAUUGGCGUGCGGCAGCUGAUGUCAUUAAGGCACGGCCCGUGCGCUUUCACAUGCCAACGCCCAGCCUUUCACUCCCUCCCACCUGCUGCUUGUAUCCUCCCAUCCUAUACACCAACAAGGCCCGGCCCCGCUGUUUCCGCCUGGCUCGUCCUCAGACUUCAGCUGCUGCACGCUUUCUCUUCACCUCUGAUCCCUCUGUCAUUGCUUGCCUUCUUGCUUGCCCUCUUGCUUGCUUGCUUACCCUGGUGCCAACUCAACUGGCUCGCGCAUGCUUACCCACUUCACUUCAACGUCACCUAGUCUUCGUGUUUCAUCCCGUCUGUACAUAUGCGUGCCUCUCGCUCUUUCACCACUCUUCUUCGUCUCCGUUGUUGAUCGCAAACAUACAUACCAUUGCCUGUCUGGCUGAUCUUUCAAGCGCCUUCGCUACAGCACCCCGUCAUACAGAAACCAACAGCAGAGCUACCUACUUCAGCUCCCAUCUCGUCUCGAGGCACCCUACUAUCCCGUAGCGCCUUCGCCCAGAACCCUUCCGCUCUCACGUGUACACCACACUAUCCCUCACCAAUGGCCAUUUCAAGCACCUCAGGCACCGAGCGUGCGCGCAGCCUGCUCAACAGCGUCCCCGAUCAAUUCAACGAAUUCUGUCACAUGGACCAAAUCACCUUUGUGCAGCUGGCCGACUGGUGCAUGUGGAACGCCGAGUCCAACCUGCCCCGCGAGAUCAGCAUCGAGGAGUGCCUUUUCGUCUUUCUGGAUAUCGUAGCCCAGGGCAACAGCUUCAAGGCCGCCGCUUACGGCUGGGACCACGAUCUGAAACUCACCCAGAGUAUCUUCCUCACAAUAUUAAAUGCUCUCAUGCUCCUCGGUGAAAAAGAGGCCAUCUCCGACUCCUGUCCCGCACCCAACACGACCAAAUCUAGGUGGCGCGUCCUGCGCGGCUCCCGCCCGGGCAGGAAGAACAACCCAGACGGCAUGCUCAAGAUUGGCAACGAGGACGGCGGGGGCUUGGAGAUAAGUCAGGAGCAGCUCAAUGCCGCGCUGAUGGCGCUCAACAACUUCAUCCACGAGCACCGCGACUUUUGAAUCUCUUUCUCGGAUCACGAAUGAAGAUGGGUCAAUCAUGAGGCGGAGUUGAUUUUAUUUUUUUUACUUUUUUUAAGGCCGUGGGAAGUCCGGCUACCUUGACAUGGCAAACGAUGACUAUGGAAUCAUGGCGUUUACAAAACUAACAAACUGGCGCAAAAAACGGAUCGGUCUCUGUGGGAACUUGGGUUUGGGAUAGGGCAUAUGGCAUAAGCAUCAAACCCAUAUAGCGGCAUUCUCCUGGGUUAUGUAUCAUUUCAUCUUUUAUGUCUUGCUGUCUCGCUCUCACGAUUUACAUUUGUUUUGUUCUCUGAUGUUUUUGCUGUUUAUGGGUAGCAAUAUGCGCGACGGACUUGCUCUGAACAUUUCGUUAUUUGUACAUGGUUUUUUGGUCCAAUAGUUGAACGAUUAUAGACAAAUCCUCACUAACACUCACCUCAACAAGAUUGCUGCCCUCUUUGUUUACCGUAGACAUGACCCCUCAAUCGUAUUCAUACACGCCCCUUUUCUUUAUUUUUUACACAGUGCCCGGGUUUCUCCAUCGACAUCGACAUCGUCAUCGUCAUCACCAUCAUCAUGAUCCAUACACCUCUUCCCGCGCAUUCCCACCAAUCUAACCCAGUCACCAUCCCAUCCUCCACCCACCCACUCACUCACCCACAUACC